AUGUCCCAGGUGCUCCAAAAACGUCGUGGUGGACGCACUGUCCAGGUAACCAACAAUGCUAGUGAUGAUGAAGAUUACAGUAAUGAUUCGCACAAAGUCGGAGUCGACCGGCGCGACAUUGUCGACAAUAAAACCUUGAAGGUGCCCUUUUUGACCUUGAUGGAGGAGGUGUUGUUGGUGGGGUUGAAGGAUAAAGAGGGCUAUCUCCUGUUCUGGAAUGACAACAUUUCGUACGCUCUUCGGGGGUGCGUUUUGUUGGAGUUGGCAUUUAGAGGCAAGAUUUCAUUGGUCAACGACCCUGCGCGCCGGCGGUUUGACUUGUGUGACCGGUUGGUGGAGGUCAUUGACGCGGAGCCCACCGGGGAGCAUUUGCUCGAUGAAGCGUUGAAAACAAUGAAAAACGACGAGGGCCAUUUGUCGAUCUCCAAUUGGAUCGACUUGCUCUCGGGAGAAACCUGGAACUUGAUGAAGAUCAGCUACCAGAUGAAACAGGUGCGUGAGCGUUUGGCUAAGGGUCUUGUAGACAAGGGAAUAUUGCGCACAGAAAGAAAGAACUUCUUCUUGUUCGACAUGGCCACGCACCCAAUUGCAGACAAGAUCCUGAAGGAAUAUGUCAAGAACCGCGUGUUGAGCGUGUUGACCCAAAAAACCUGCGACUUAGAUCCUUUGAGCAACGACCAGUUCCCUGCUGACACAUCCUUUAGAUACUUGCGUACUGUGGCAUUGGUGUGUGGUCUGUGUGCUGCCAAUGUGUUGGAGAAUGUCUUGUUACUGUUGACAUUUGAGAAGCGCGACCAGGCGUUUUUGCGCGCUGAUGAACUAUUGGGCACUUACUCCCAAUUUCCCUUCGAUCUGCUGGCCAAGAAUGCGCUGGGCAUGGGUACAAACUUAGCACAGGAGAUUGCCGACGAAAUCGUGCUGAGCGGUGCUUCUGAGUUGCAACUCGAGUUGAUCGCUGGUGUGAUCAGCGUGUUCUCAAGAAUGGAUUCGAUUUUGUAA